AUGUCAACUGUGAAUCUGGUCAAGUAUUAUUUCUACAGAGGAAUGAUGCCUAAAGAUCCCGAGCUUUUGCAGAACAUGGUUUCCCUCGCAUAUCAGACAGCUAGGGACCGCAAGUUGUACCCAAAAGCGAUCUUGAUCAGGUCCGGAUCUCACAAGACUACCACCAUCAAUGGUAGACACCAGGAAGAUCCGAAUGGUUGGCACCUUACUUUUCGUUAUAAAGAUUCAACGCAGCUCGCAAACGGGAGUCACACCGCGUGUCACGGAUACACCCCUGGAAAAGACGUAUGGGAGCUGGUGAAAUCUACUCAUGCCGGUGUGAAGUCAGACUCUGUUCUGAAGAAAAACGGAAAACCCGUGUGGCCGGCCGAGAACGAACUGGAGGUUGCUCCCGAAAUUGGCUAUGGGCAUCUGUGA